AUGACAGGAAAUAAGAUUAAACUUGAAUGGAUAGUCAAUGACUCUUCAAGGAAAUCCACUCUUAAAAGAAGAAGGGCUGGCAUAUUCAAGAAAGCCGGAGACCUGUCCACCCUAUGCGAUGUGGAAAUUGGUGUUCUUGUUUACAGUCAAGACGAAGACGAUCUUGCAGUUUGGCCAUCUUACGGGCACAUGAAACAAAUGUUUGAAAGGUUCCUCAGUAUCCCAAUAGUAGAACGAAGCGAGAAAAUGACGACAUAUGAAGGCUUGCUCACACAAAGGGUCACGCAGGAGACCCAUAAGAACAAUAUGGAAAAGAAAAAUAAUGAUAAGAAAGAAAUUCAAGAAAUCAUGAAUCAAAUCUUUGAAGGUAGCAAUCUAUAUCAACUUGACAUAAUGAGACUAAAUUAUUUGUCAUUGUUAACAGGUGAUAAGCUGAUGCAGCUUGAGGAAAGAGAGAGAGCACGCAGACAGCAUGCUCUUCCUCUAUCGCCAGCUCUCGCUCCUGCUCCUCGUCCGAGAAUGAUUGAAGUGGACGAAGCGUUCCAAGCUCACACUAGUACUGAAGCAACAUGCAUAGAGCAGUUGAUGAAUGACAACUGGUUCAUAGAAACAAUGGCUCUUAAUCAGGACAUGCCGGGUCCAAGUGGGGUGAGUGAUAUGGGGAUGCCAUCAGGGUCUGUUGUCGACAGAAUGAAUGGUGAUAAUGAAGAGGAUUUGCCAGAGGACCUCAAUGCAUUCUUUCCUCACAUUUACUCCCCUUAA